GUGUUUGUUUCAGUGUGUCGCUGGCGCUGGCUUUUCCUUUCUGUAUUAACAGUCCAAUACCUGCAGAAGAAUUUCAGACCAAAUGUCUCGAGCGUCACUUCUGGCUCUCAGUUAAGUCCAGCUACCUUGGUCAGAUGGUCCAGUUUAAUUUUGAAGAUCAGUAUGGACUCCACACGCUGUGUCCUCAGGAGGCCGUCCUCUGUGGCUACACCGUCCUAAUCUCUGAUGCUGGAGAUCUGCUCUUCCGAGCCUCCUUCUUGGCCUGUCAUGUAAACAGCCAGACAGGAUCAGACUACUUUCUGCGUGUUUGGCUCACACAUGUACAAGCAGAUGGAAGGGUGGCAGUGUACCCCUUCCAUCUCCACUGUUCUCUUCAGGGGACGUGGAGCCCUAGUGAGUUUCUCUUUGAGGAAAACUACAUGGAGGUGUCUAUUCAGCAGUCCUACCUGCCUGGUAGGCCUGCACCUGAGGCAGGUGUAGCCAUCAUGUUUCACAAAGACCAGUCAGGGAAGGAAGCUGUGGUUUUAUCCCUCAGGGAGGCUGCUGCUAUGGGCUACUAUGUCUCCAUGCAGACGUCACGAUUUGUGCUUCGCUGUCCGUACUCGUCUCCGUUGUCGUACACUGUCAAGGAGAAAGGAGUGGAUUUGGAGGUUAAGGUGACGUUGGAUGGUGGCGGUGAUCUUCCAACGUGGACCCAAAGCCAGAUUGACAGCGACCUCCUUGUGUCCAGGCUCUCCCUCUCCAACGGGAGUCUCCUCUACAGGCUCAAUGUCUCCUUAUCGCAUCCAAAAGUCAUCCCGAAGCAUAUAGGUGACGGGUCCAUAACGUACAGCUUCACUUUAACCUUUACUCUGUCCAUCACACCCAGUGGAGAGGUGUUUUACCAUCAUGCCACUGUGAAGCACCAGGCUCCAUAUCCAGAGUUAAGAUCUCCCAGGCUGGAGGGGAAGUGCACAGAGAGCAGCCUGCUGGUGCUGCUGCACCACGGGGCCCAUUCUGAUCUGCAGUGGGAGCUCUUCCUGGGAGCCCGCAGGCUGGAAUGGGAUCUGGUGGAGAUGGGUGGAUUCAAAAUGGAGGCGGAGGACAACUACCUAACUGUGAAGAUUCCCUUCUACAGCCCAGGGAUGAUCUAUCAGAAGCUGUCAUUGCAGGGCCUCAUUGGUGGAGUAAAUGUAUCUGUCGUGGAUGCAGAGUCCCUGCAGGAACUUGACCAUCUCGUCCAUAAAUGCACAUUUCCUGCCAGAGAACUUCUGGUUUGUCAGCCCGAUGGAAGGAUGGUAGCUAUAGUUGACACCACCCACGCUGUCCCGCCUGUCCAGCCCAACAGAACCACUCUGCUGGAUCCCAGCUGUGGUCCAACAGAAACAAACAGCGCCAGAGCUCUCUUCAUAUUUGGCCUCAAGUCCUGUGGGACGACUGUCACUGUCGCUGGAAAUGUUUUGGUUUAUGAAAACCAAAUCAGCUACUCAGGAUUUUCAGCCUUUGGAUGAUCCUGUCAUACACAGAGAUGCUCCCUACAGACUGACAGUUCGGUGCAGCUACCCGACAAAUACCACGAGUAUUUCUGCUGUGCAGCAUCGUCCACUAGAACCCGCCUCUGGACCUUUCGGCCGUCGGAGUCAAAUAAAGACAUAGUGAAGCUGU